AUGCCACCAUACCACAUUGAUUAUACAGCAGUGAAACAGCUGCCCAACUUGGAGCAGCUUUCCGGUGUGAAGCAGCUGCCCAACUUGGAGCAGCUUUCCGGUGUGAAACAGCUGCCCAACUUGGAGCAGCUUUCGGGUGUGAAGCAGCUGCCCAACUUGGAGCAGCUUUCCGGUGUGAAGCAGCUGCCCAACUUGGAGCAGCUUUCCGGUGUGAAGCAGCUGCCCAACUUGGAGCAGCUGCCUUAUGUAGAGUCACGUUUUACGAGGUUGUUACAGAUGGAUCCGUCUUUUGACGUGUCUGAGUCGACAGCGGCGGACGGUGGUGACUUUGAGUCGAUUACUGUGCAAGUACAGGGUGGGGCGUGUCUGCCAUGGUGUGCGAAGGAGUCUGAGGAUGUGCGGGAGGUAGUAGAAUGUUUAGAAUUAAUACCGUCGAAUUGUAGUGCGACAGUUCGUGCGAGAACAUCAAUCAAACAGCAGGAGGUGUGCGAAGCGGAAGAUGACACGUUCCAGAUCAUGUUUGAUUAUCGACUGCCAACGAUGGGUGCCGUGGAGUUCCAGUAUGGAUCUGUGGUUCUUAAUUUUUUCCCGAGGCUGAAUGAUUUCGCCGAUGUUGACGUACGAGUUUAUACCGGAAGCAAAGCAGAACCAGGUUGCAAACUCGUUCAGGAAACACCAUGUCUACCUCUCGUCCGACUUGUCAAUGACGGAAGAUUCGUAAGACUCUCCGACAUACCCAGCAGAGACAGCAAUCGCAUGAUGAGAAUUGUUAUCCCAAAGACACCCAGCUCGAUCUGGCUUGAUAGCGUCUACAUUCACCCAGCCAGAAUAGAAAAUGUUGGGUCGUACACGCAACCAUUUUUCCUCUGUAUUAUUUUCUUCUUAUUCGUAUUUUGA